AUGAACACCCCCGGGAACGGGGAGAGCAUCGAUACUCCCUCCGCCGCUGCGUCUGCCACCGGCGGCGGUGGCGGCGGCACCGCCACCGCGACCCCGGGAAACGACACCGACGACUCGAAGCAGAAUCUGAACCAGGUUAUCAACUCCAUACAGAAGACCCUCGGCCUCCUUCACCAGCUCCACCUGACCGUCUCUUCCUUCAACGUCGCAUCCCAGCUCCCCCUCCUCCAGCGACUGUAAGAAAUCUCGGUUAUCCCACCUGCUCGCUCGUUCUUUUUCUCUGUACACCAGUGUUUCUAGGGUCGUCGUUUCCUUUCCCGUUCUAAUUCUCAUAUUUCGGUGCAGGAAUGCCCUCGUCACAGAGCUGGAUACGAUGCAGAAGCUGGCUGACAAUUGUGACAUCCAAGUACCUAUGGAAGUCAUCAAGUGCGUUCAUCCUAGUGAUCUCAAUGGGAUCUAUCCAACCUACUCGUCUAUUUCUGCUCAUCGUUAUCUGGUUAUUUCUUUUGACUUUUUUAUCUGUUCUCUCUCCUUCUAGUUUGAUCGACGACGGGAAGAAUCCGGAAGAAUUCACGAGGGACGUCUUCAACAGCUGCGUCACCAAGAACCAGGUCACAAAGGGCAAGACGGAUGCAUUCAAGGUGCGCAGAGUUGAAUAUAAGACGGGUUCUUGUUGUUUUGGGCUCCUUUCCCUUGCAAGAUUUAAUUACGUUCAAGUGCAUGUAUUGCUGAAUUUAUUAUACACAUGUAUGAGGAAGGAAGGAAGGAAGGAAAUGGGCAAAGUCAACUAACAUAGUUGGGGAAAAAGAACCACUGGGUACUUCUGUGAGAUGAAUUUGAAUGACUUUCUGCCCGAGUAAAGGGAGGCUAUGAACUUCCAUAAGUUAUGAUUUAUCCGAUUAUAUACGGCAUAAAUUCCGUAUAUUUUUGUUAGUCACGCAGCAGACAUUCUAGCCUUUGCUGAAUUUCUAUGCUGAAAAUAAUGUUCUUAUUCAGGAAAAAAAAAUAUUUUUGACAUCACAACUAAUGAUUAAAUCCUGCCAACGGAUCACUAAGUCCCCCAUAGUUUGUGCACUUUAGAUCGCGCACACUGCUCAAUGCUUAAGUUCUUUCUAUCGUUGCAUGGGAUAGAGUCGUCUUCAUAUUAAACUUGCAAAUUAUUUCCAUUUUUUCUCUUAAGAGACGAGCCUCCUAGAUGAUGCUUCAUUAAUUAGUGGUCAGCUUCCAUGCUUCAGAACCUACGAAAAGAAUACUAGAUGCUGCCAUAUUUUCAGGCCUUGAAGCUUAGCACGAACUAUUUGUUAUAGAUUCGUCAUCAUUUUGGAAGAAAAAUAUUGGAAAGGGUGAUCUGAGAGAUAGUUGUGGCGCAUGAGGUGAAGGUUCUGAUUGUGUUGCGCCGUUCAUUGGGUACCCUGGUGGUCAUUUUGCUUCCCCUAAUAACCAGAAGUCCAGCAGAGCCCUGGGACUACUGUUACUUCACAGUGGAUAUUGAUAUUGAUAGAAAUAGUAGCGUCUUCUAGAUGAAACUUGGUGGUUUUCUUCAUCAUCCCUGAUUUUCCUCGUUUCUGAAAGAACAUGACUGAAUUCGGUCUGCGUUCCAGUUCCCAGUUCAGUUGAAGAUGGUGAUUGAUUCCAUUAGCCUUUUACUCUAUUAGUCUCAGUGGUCUGCAUCAUGUUCUCGAGAGCAUGGAACAUAGGUUUUGGCAGGAUCUGCGGACUAUUUUCCUUGGUGGCUACCUUACUGUGAUUGGGUGAAUGGUGGGUACAACCUGGAUGGGCGUGAUUUUCUUCUUUUUUUAUUUCAUAUUUCUGUAGCUUUAUCUCCACUCACUCCCCCUCCCAAAUCCUCCCCAGUUCUUGAUUUUUUUUUGAAAUGUUGUCAGAAAAGGGAUUUAUUUGCAACGAUUAUUGAUAUUCUUGCAAAUUUAUAAUUCAUGUAAUUCUUCCAAUUCUAUAUGCUACUUGACUACCAGUGUUAGUCUAGUCUCCUGGCAUUUUUCAUAAUUUCAUCCUCUAGAUUAAGGAUAAAAUAAAUCAUGGCCGAAUCAUAUUAACACGAUUAUAGUUUUUAUUUUUUUAUUUUUUAAUAAUGCGUAAAGAGUUCAUACAUUCUAGUUUAGAUAUGCGAUUAUAGGGGCAAAUGUUUGGUUUGUGCUUUGAAGGAAUGGUUCCAUCCUCUGUGCUAAGAGAGCUCUGUUCAUGGCUUCAGGUGCUGAGGAAGCACCUCCUGGAGGAGCUGGAGCAAUCGUUCCCUGAUGCGGUUGAGUCGUAUAGGGAAAUUCGCGCGAGUUCUGCUGCUGUGAGUUUGCCAUCUUCGUUAUGGAUCGAGUGGCAGUGAGGGAAGCCGUAGAUCUCGUAGAUCCUGCUGAUCGUGAUCCCUUUGGCUCUUUUUUGGCUGCAGGAGACGAGGCGGCUGGCUCAAGCACAAGGCAGCUCAUUGCCCAAUGGAGACGUGAAGGUGAAGACAGAACAUCAGUAA